AUGCCGGAACACGAGCCUGCGACAACCACGCUGGGUUCUAACAACAACAAAAGUAUGUCGUCAUCAGCAACAUCCGCCAAAAUCACGACCUCGCGGGGAGGUAGUGAGGCUGGUACUAUCCAGCAGUCAACCAUUUACAAGGGUGUUAUGACCCCCAUCAUCUUCGUCUCCUUUCUGCUCUCACUCGCCUGGGUUGAUAUCAAAUAUACUCUCAAGAGAUCGAGAAACCACGGCCAUGACCAUGGUGGUGGUUGGAUGCCUGCUUGGCUGCAUAGCAUUGUGUAUCGCCGCUCCCCGUACUACUACGAACAAGCACAGAAACACUCCUCGCCAAGCCCUAGCGAUGAGCAGGGUGAGUGGUACUACCACAGUAAGCAGAAGAAGUUGAUGCACAUGGAAGUCGACGAUGCGUUCGAGGUCAGAGGGCGCGUCCUGGUGGUCUUGGGAAUCAUGUCUCUCGCAAUGGUCUGGGGCUUUUGGAUAUUGUCGAGCUGGAUGUUGAAGAAUAUCUGGUGGCGGAGUCUAUGA